AUGCCAAGGACAUCGUUGCCAUUAUCCUCUCAAACGUCAACUAUUCGCCCUGGUUCAAUGACACAACAGAACACAUCAAUAUCCAAACCUGCUACAACAAAUCACAAAUUGGGUAACGCCGCAGUCCCAGCGCAAACAGUGAUCACUGCACCACCGCAAAUGGCUGGACCUAACGAAUUGGCCGCCAGAGUUAAAGAGGCAGNUGCAGCUGCCGCUGCAAAACUGAUGGCCGAAGAUGAAGAUGAUGAUGUGACCCGGGCGCUUUUGGCUGCCGCGGCUGGUGUCACCUACACCCGGGUACAUGGCCCAAACGGGAAAGAACAAGUUCGAGCCAGCAUCACAAAACCACCACUCAAUCUGGUGAACGCACAGACUUCCGCGGAUCCUCAAUCAACCAAGUCGUCACAAACGGCUCAGAAUGCGUCAACUGCUGCGACAGCCACCGCCACACAACGGACACAACAGCAACAGCAAACGCAACAGACGCAGCAGUUGCAACAACAAACGGCACAAGUGCAACAGUUUUAUCAACAGCAGAUACAACAGCAUCUACAACAACAACAGCAUCAGCAACAACAGCAGCAACAACAAUCUUGGAAAAAAAAGAAGCGGUAUAUCCGUGUGGCUGCUGGUGUUACCUGGGAAGAUCCUACACUCGGUGAAUGGGAUCCUAGUAAGUGA